AUGGCGCAAUCAUUGGGCUUCUCGCUCCGUUGCAACUCCCUGACAUGUCGAAAAACCCUGAAUGAUCGAGCUGCCGUGACGACUUCUUGCGCAGAAACCCUGGGUCUCGCGCCACAGACACAGAAAAAUCGCAUCUGCCCUGCAUGUCAAGCAAACUUGCGCAACCCCGACGAUGUCGUGUCGACUGUGCUCAACCCUACAGAAGAUUACAAAACCAGCGUGCUGGGUGGUUUGGAUCCUACCAUGAUCAUCGAAUGCGCUGGGAGAGCGCUGUCGUUCUGGGCUUAUCAAACGACGCAAGAAAUAUGCUACCAAGAAUAUCUCAGCAAAGGGCUCACAGAAAAGUACAGCAACCUCAACACCGAGAAAGAAAAGUUGAUCAACAGUGCCAAUGCGGAGAUAUCGAGUCUACAGAACAAGCUUGCUGACAUGCAGAUGGCUCAAGAUCAACUGCAGAAAAGGAACGACGAGCUCAUCGCUCUGUACCACGAGAAAUGCAAGAAACAUACUCAGAUGACGAAUCUUUACAAUCUUCUUAAAAGUCGGGCGAUGCCAUCCCAGAUACAAGCAGCAACGGCUGCCUCUCGACAUUUCGAUGCUCUACCAUCAACAGAGAGACGCAACGUUAAACAUAGCACAGAACAACUCUUUUGGCAUCAAAGAAGUGGUAGUGCAAGCUCAAAAAUUAGGGAGGACCGCUUCAUUGCGGAUACGGGCCCAAUGCCUCCUCCUCAGUUUUCUUUUUCUGUCGCCCAAAAUGCAAUGACCACGCCGUCACUACAUCGGACAUGUCUUCCUGCUCAGCCAGGGUCGGCGGUCCUCAGAGAGAGUCGCGGUCUCGCAGAAGAACCAAAGUAUUUUGUGAACCAUGGACGGUACAGGGAUUUUAGCUAUAAUCCUGGCUAA